CUUUUAUUCUGUGAAGGCAUCGACCACCACGUAAUAAACAAAACCUAAGUGAGUGUCAGUGCUGUUCCUUUUCAGAACUUUUCAAAGAGCUUGUCUGAAUUACAAUGCUACAGCUGAUUGUGUUUCCAGUGCUGCUGCUACUUCUUUGCAAUAUAGUGUCGUCGCACUUCAUCGUUGACGCUCUACCUGGCUUCAAUGGAAAACUUCCAUUCACACUCGAAACUGGCAGUUACAUUGGUGUUGAAGAAGAGGAAAAAGUGCAGCUGUUUUACUUGUUUGUAGAAUCUGAGAGAGACCCACAAAAUGAUCCCCUCAUGCUUUGGCUUACCGGAGGUCCAGGUUGCUCCGGUCUCUCUUCCUUUCUAUAUGAGAUCGGCCCUUUAACCUUUGAUUAUGCAAAUUCUAGUGGAAAUUUACCGAAAUUGGAGUUGAACUCAAAUUCUUGGACCAAGGUGGCCAACAUAAUAUUUAUAGAUCAACCUGCUGGCACAGGGUACUCAUAUGCAAAGACUUCAGAAGCUUACAACUGCAGUGAUACCCUUUCUGUAGCUCUAACUUAUGAGUUCCUUAGAAAGUGGCUUAUGGAUCAUCCCAAGUAUCUCAAGAAUCCACUGUAUGUAAGUGGUGAUUCCUAUUCCGGCCUUAUUGUCACGCUGCUUACUCGCAAAAUAUACAAUGGUAUUGAAGUUGGUGACAAGCCUCGAUUGAAUAUCAAAGGAUAUAUACAAGGCAAUGCUCUAACAGAUAAAUACAGCGCCUUCAAUGGUAGAGUCAAAUAUGCUAAUCGUAUGGGACUUAUUUCAGAUAAAAUCUAUCAGUCCACUAAAGAAAAUUGCAAGGGGAAUUACAUGGACGUUGAUCCAAAUAACAUAUUAUGUCUAAAUGAUCUUCAGAGAGUAGAAAGGUGUCUCAAGAACAUACGACUGUCACAUAUUUUAGAACCUUGGUGUGAGCUGCCAUUUUUAAUGAGCAUUCUCCAAGAAACUCCUACAAAUGCAGGACCAUGGUGUCGAACAAACAACUACAUAUACUUGCAUAUUUGGGCAAACGAUAGAGCUGUCCAGAAAGCACUAAACGUCCGUGAGGAAACAGCAUUGGAGUGGGUGAGAUGCAAUGCAAGCAUGCAUUUUAGAUAUUCUGUGAAGAGAACCGAAUCAUAUGUGUAUGAUGUCCAAAGUGUCAUUGAUGAUCAUCGGCAUCUCACCAGCAAAUCCUGUCGAGCUCUAAUUUAUAGUGGUGACCAUGACAUGGUUGUUCCUCAUUUGAGCACAGAAGAAUGGAUAGAAACUUUGAAACUGCCGAUUGUAGAUGAUUGGGAGCCUUGGUUUGUUGAUGGUCAAGUUGCAGGAUACAAGGUGGAGUAUUCACAAAAUGAUUAUGAGUUGACAUAUGCAACUGUUAAGGGUGCGGGUCAUACAGCUCCUGAAUACAAGCCGGAACAAUGCCUGCCCAUGGUUGAUAGGUGGUUUUCCGGUUACCCUCUUUAGUUUCAUCCUUGCAAGACAUUAAUGUACUCAUUUGUUUCUCUAGACAUAAGUGGCGUCUUGACAUAUAUAUCAUCACCAGACAUUAAGCUUGUGUAUAUUGUAAUCUUGAUCUGGAAAAUCACAUGUUAAAGUAUAUAUGAUUUGAGGUC